GCGAAGUCCCUCAGAGGGCUAAUGCGCUUCAAAAGUGAGGAAAAAGAGUGGCUUCAUGUUAAGGAAAGUGAAAUUUGGAACUUACCCCAGGACAAAAAUUCCAUCUUGCCUGCCUUGAGAUUAAGUUACUUUUAUCUUCCAUUGGAAUCAAGACAAUGUUUUGCUUAUUGUGCCAUUUUCCCAAAGGGUUCUGAAAUUCGAAAGAGAGAUCUAAUUCAUCUUUGGAUGGCUAAUGGCUAUAUUUCAUGCAAAGAAGGAUGGGAACCGGAAGAUAUUGGUGAUCAGAUUUGGAAUGAAUUAUGUUUGAUAUUUUUUUUCCAAGAGGCGAAGAACUAUUCAAGCGGUAUAUGUUUCAAGAUGCAUGAUCUUGUGCAUGAUCUUGCCCAAUCAAUUAUGAAGGAUGAAUGUGAAAUGAUUGAGUUUAACAGUUCAAGUAAUAUAUCCAAUGAAAAAGUUCAUCAUGUAACAUUGGUUCUCGGGCGUGGGGAUAAUUUUAAUUACACAUUUCACAAAGUUGUAUCCUUACGGACAUUACGACUGCAAUAUCCACAACCUUCCCCAUUAAAAGAUGAAGAGUUUUUAUGUGAUUUCAGAAAGUUUGGUUCACUGCGAGCUUUUGAUGCAGCAGCCAGAGGAAUGAAGGAGUUGCCAUCUUCAAUUGGCAAUUUAAAACAUCUGAGGUAUCUGAACCUUUACUAUACUCUUGUCAAUCAACUUCCUGAUUCAAUUUGUAGUCUCUUGAAUUUGCAAACAUUAAUUCUAAACUAUUGUCGGAAACUUGAGAGAUUGCCCCAGAACAUGAUGUACCUGAGAAGUCUCCGACAUCUUUAUCUGUUAGAUUGUCCGUUAAUUGAGAUGCCCCGAAAAAUUGGGCAGCUAACUAACCUGAAGACAUUAAAUACAUUUGUUGUGGGUAAGAGCACUGAUUGUAGUCUCUUAGCUGAAUUGAAAUGCUUAAACCUUGGAGGAGAACUUCGUAUCAAGCACCUUGAGAGAGUGAGUAAUCCGAUGGAUGCAAAAGAAGCCAAUUUAGUGGGAAAGCAAAAUCUUAGUCAGUUGCAACUAAAUUGGGAACAUAGUUUGGCUGAACGCGAAUCACAGGGACAUGUUGAAUCUGAAGCACAGGGAAAUGUUGAAUCUGAUGCACAGGAAAAUGUUAAAUCUGAACUAGUACUUGAAGCCCUUCAACCUCAUCCAAACCUAAAGGAGUUGAUCGUAAGAGGGUACAAAGGUACUCGAUUCCCGCUCUGGAUGAGGGGUUCAGAUCUUCAAAAUGUAGUUAAUAUCGAGCUUUACGAGUGCAAGAACUGCUUACAACUUCCGCCGCUUGGACAACUACCUUUGCUCCAAAGCCUUCGAAUUCAUGGAAUGGAAGAAGUAUUGGGGUAUAUUGAAAACGAAUAUCCUGGCGGUGGAGGAUUCCCAUCUUUGGAAGAACUCUAUGUUUACAAUUGUUCAAAAUUGGAAGGUUUGUCAAGGGAGGAGGGAAGAGAGUUGUUCCCUCGUCUUCGUAAGAUAGAAAUUAGUGAUUGUCCUAAAUUGAGCUUCCCACAUCUUUCGUCUCUGAAAGAAUUGUUGUUGGAAGGCAAGUGCACCAUGGCACUAAAUUCAAUAUCAAAUCUUAAUAGUCUCAUUUCCCUAAGUAUUCGUGAUGAUAAAGAGACGGAUUGUUUUCCAAAAGAGUUUUUGAGGAACCUUACUCUUCUUGAGUCACUAAGCAUUUGCGAUUUUCCAGAGCUUGAAGUGUUGCCUGAAGACCUUGCAAGCCUUGUCACAUUGAAGUCAUUGAAGAUCAUAGGAUGUCGAAAGCUCGAGUCUUUGCCAGAGGAAGGGCUACGAGGCCUUGAAUCUCUCCAAUCACUGUUCAUUUUGUUCUGCUUUAAGAUUGCAUCACUUCCGGCAAGCGUUCAAAGCCUUACCAAACUCCAACGCCUAAACAUUCAGUUUUGCGAUGAACUGGCAAGGCGAUGUGAGAAGGGAAAGGGAGAGGAUUGGUAUAAGAUUGCGCACAUACCACAAGUCUCUGUUAUUAAGUAUAUUUUAUAUAAACCAAUCACAGCUUGACAUGAAGUUUACAAGGGGUAGUUUGGGGAAUCAAUGAAGAUCUCCAGCCAUCAACAGACACGUGAUAAGUUGUAUCAAUAGCGAUGGAUCUGCGAGGCAUGAGAACAGUCAACAUACCAAAGGUGACGUGGCCAAACGGUUGCUUACAAUUUAAAUUCAAAUUCCAGAACGAACCCAAUCGUGGAGUGGUAUAGUGGAAGCAAACUGUUCAAAGCCAUACCCAGUGAUCCUGGAGACCACUUUGACAGUUAUCACCUAUUUUGGCGGUUAUCAGUCACUUCAACGAUUAUCUUCAAAGCCUAUAAAUAGAGGAGAGUGUUGAUAAUGCAUGGAUCCAGAACCAUAUCCAAAAACCAGCUUAUUUAUUUUAUAUUUUCCAGUCCUUUAAGUUCCAGUCUUUACUUUAUUGUACUAUACUUCAAAUUCUUAGGAGUAAUUCUAAAUUAGUCUGUUGCUGUAAUCCCCUUCGAAGCUGUGAAAAUGUGAAGGUACAAUUAUAAACUCUUGUUUACUUAAUAAAGUUUGAUUUCUGACA